AUGGCAGCGAACAGCUACUACAACGCUGGGUACAGCAACAACCCACCAACAUACGAACAAGCGAUCCCUCAUACAGACUCGUUCCAUCGACAAUCACCAGCGCCCACCUACACGGCUCCCAGUGGACGCCCCUAUGCUGACUCCGAACCCCCUCACAUACGAGACAGCCAACAUUCCUUAGGGUCCGAUCAGGGCGCAUAUGUAGCGGGUGGAAGAUUAAACGAAGGAGAUCACUAUGCUGAGAACAUCCCCCUGAAGGAGAACACUCAAUACUCAAACGGGCCACCACCGGCCAACUGGAUGCAGCAACCCACGCAUUACCCCCCAGACCCUGCGAUGUUGGAAUCAGCCCCCAAUAGAAGUAGAGGAAAGAAGGGCUUCUUUAAGAAGAAAAUCCCCUUCGUCACCUAUAUCCUCACUGUGGUACAAAUCGCCGUGUUCAUCGCAGAGUUGGUCAAGAGCGGACAACUCACAGGAAACCCGAUUCAGACGAAACCUCAAUUCAAUCCGAUGAUAGGACCCUCGGCGUACAUCCAGAUUAAUAUGGGAGCGCGGUACGCGCCGUGUAUGAAGAAUGUCGACAAGGUACAGAACUCUCCGGUCGACUUCCUCAUGCCCUGCCCAAAUUCAACAACGAAUGCUUUGGAGUGCACCUUAUCCGAACUGUGCGGCUUCAGCGGUGUUCCAAAUCCGCACCUCGGUGGUUCCCUCGAUGAUCAGCCGGAGCCCAACCAGUGGUAUCGGUUUAUCGUCCCUAUAUUCCUCCACGGUGGUUUCAUUCACAUUGGCUUCAACUUGCUUUGUCAAAUGACGAUGGGCGUUGACAUGGAGCGGAUGGUCGGAUGGUGGCGGUAUGCCUUGGUUUAUUUUGCCAGUGGUAUCUGGGGCUUCGUUCUUGGAGGUAACUACGCGGCUCCAUUCCAACCGUCUUCGGGCUGCUCCGGUGCUCUGUUUGGCAUCCUUGCACUUUUCAUCUUGGAUCUUUUCUACACCUGGAAAGACAGACCGUCGCCAUUUGUGGAACUGAUUAUCAUGAUCCUUGGUGUGGGAAUCUCUUUCGUGCUGGGUCUGCUACCGGGCCUGGAUAAUUUCUCCCAUAUUGGUGGAUUUGUCAUGGGCCUGGCCCUCGGUCUCUGCAUUAUGAGAUCGCCUAACGCACUUCGGGAGCGUAUUGGGCUCGCCCGUAACCCCUAUGUGGCGAUGAGUGGUGGUGCCGGUCCCACUUCUGAUGAAGAGAACAAAACCACGACUGGCCCAAGUUUCGUCAAUUUUUUCAAAGGACGGACGGGCCCGAACUCGUCCUCCGAAACAUCUGGUCCCUUGGGUUUCUUCAAGGGCCGGAAACCACUGUGGUGGGCAUGGUGGUUGGUCCGGGCCGGAGCUUUGGUUGCAGUUAUCAUUGGGUUCAUUCUUUUGAUUGUGAACUUCUACAAGUACCCCAAGUCUAAUUGCUCGUGGUGUUAUAGACUGAGCUGUUUGCCUGUACACGAUUGGUGUGAACAAGGCAUGGAGCCCUUUACAAUUACCAAUACUACCACGAACGGCAACUGA